UUUGUGACACGCACGAAUGAGUCUGGCUGUCAUCAAGAGCGAAUUUCGUGGAAAGAUGUUCGAGUUUCUAAACAACGCCUAAAGAAGCACUAGCUUGGCAAGAACACAUCCUCUGUGCUAUGUGAAUAGAUGUGUACAGUUAUAAAGGAGCUGAGCAGAAAAUUUUACACAGAAAGUCGCUACCAGUGAGACCAAUAAUUGUAUGGACAAGGAAGUGGUGCUACUGCUGGUACUCACCAUCCUUCUCGCGAUUUCACUUAUUACUCUAUUUAUGUAUGUUCAAAAAUUACGAAAAACCGUUAAAAUGUUGACGAAUCCUUUUGGCUUCUGCAACCCAAUCGUGACGGUGGUCGAACUUCGAAGAAAAGAAAAAAUAAAGGACCCCAACACAAUAGGAACACCCAGCCCUCUACCACCAAGGCCCUUAUCUGGCACAUGUCCUUGGAUGAUGGAGUCUAGAGAGAGUGUUGUUUUUGUACCAUCACGGAGAGAGUCCCCAAAGGAAGUGUUCCGCGACCACGAUUUAAGUUUAUUUGAGCUCAAUACAGCCGCCUGUGACUUGUUUGAAAUACCCUCUGACAGUGAAUGUUAAAAAAAACUAAUCUUUCUAUUAGCAACGGAGAGCUAAGCUUAACUUAGUGAAAAGUGAAUCUACUGCUAAGCAAUUGAAAGGUUGUAUAUUUCCUUUUGCUGUCAGGAAUGGACAACUGACCUUUCAGCUUUAAGCUACUUCAGCUCACUAUGUGCAAGUCUGGAACGCUUGGAUCUUCCUUUAUUUGAGGUCCUCAAAACCUAUUAUAUACGUAAAAAGGAUGUAUGUAUCUAUAAAAUCUAGCUUGGUGUGAUAAAAGUCCGAUCAUACGACACGACACUGAUCCAUAAUUCUUGGUCAGGUUACGGUAGAUUUUGAGAUUCAUUCGCGUAUCAUUUUCAAUAUAUAUCAAAAGCCUUAUUUCAUACUCGAGUUAUUACACAGAAAUGUAAAUGAUAUUACGGGCGGAAAAAGGCCGCACACAAACCUUCCAGUACUUUCACGUUCUAGACACCUAAAAAUUAAUUCUUAUGCACAUGGAACCCAUAAAAACGUUGAUGAAACAGUUCUAUAUUAUAGCUAUCUGGUAAAGUAAAUACCGCAAACAACAUAUUUCAUUCACAUGAAUACGAAAAAGAACAGAGUGUUGCAGCAGCGUAAGGAAAUAAAUGCAUCCCCGUUGCGGGGAGAACCCUGGGAACUAGUGCGCCAUUAGCGUCACGCAAGAAUCAGAAAGCAACAUCGAAGAUUUUGUGACUUAAUAUUGCCAUUAUGUUGCGACCAGCUGAAGACAUUUGUCUUGUGAUCCUUGUUCAGUAAAAAUCAACAAACCGUAAUUUCGUGGACAUGAACAGUUUCAUCUUGGCAAUUUAUUUAGUCAGUGCCGUCGGAGAAGUUGGAGGAAAAGGUAACAAUACCAAGGAUGAUAAACUCACAAAAGUCUAUAUCCGUUUGAAAGAUCCCGUUCUUUCUUAUGCUGGACGAGUGGAGAUAAGCAAAGACGAGAAGACCUGGGGUACAAUUUGCGAUAAGUACUGGACCGGAAAUGAUGCCAACGUCACAUGCAUACAGUUAGGUUUUCCGUUUGCAGUGGCCGCUGUCCCUAUGGCUGGUUUUAGCGCAGGCACAGGAUCAAUAUUUCUUAAAGAUGUGCAGUGCACCGGAAGUGAGAAAUCACUAGUCGAAUGCGAACACGACGUAUGGAAAACGCAUGAUGUAAACGAGUCAUGUAACCACAGCAUGGAUGUCGGAGUUGUGUGCUACCCUCAUAAAGAAAUUUUGCCUAUGAUCAUCAUGAUAGUCUUGGGAUCUUUCCUUGGAUUAUCCUGCCUUGUGAAUAUCUGUUUGAUCUACUACGUGUGCUGCAAACGAAAACGAAAGAAAAAACGCCAUUUGACGGCCGUAAAACAGAGCACCUUAUCAAGAAGAACUGGAUCGCAAGCAAGGUUAGACAAUUUGGGGAUAGACAACGAAAUUUGUACAGAAUUGUCUACUAGUAUCACACAAAACAACUUAAUAAUCCAGAAAAACGGAAACAGUCCUGCCGACCCGAGUACAGGGAAAAGUACUAAAGAAAUCUCUGAAGAGGCUACCGCUAAUCAGGGGGGGAUGGAGCAGCAUGUUUACCAGAGGUUGCAGUCAUGUGUAAUAGAUCCGGUGUCUGAGGAGUACAGAGACAUUUUCGCACACGGACUCGAAAAGCCGCUCAGUCAACAAGCAGAAAGGAAGGAAAUUGGAAAAUCAGUUCGAGCUGUCGGUUAUCAGUCUAUUAAACCGAAAGGAGUGGAACACAGUAAGGAUGAUGGCAAUGGAAAAGUGAAUCGCUACGAACAUUUACAGCUCCAAGAUCGACUCCCACAUGAGGUUCGGCCUUCUCAGGUCGAGCAAGGCUCGGACCCCAAUGGAAAUGAAAGCGAAGAUAACGCUGAUUAUGUCGAUGUUGUUGAUGAUGGUAGGUUGGCGACGAAUGCUAAGGCAAUUCCUACCUCAUCGGGAACAAAAGGCACUAAUCUAUAUGAAACACUGAGAUCAGUACCAGGCUCUCCAUCACAUCAAGUGAACGCAGCUGGCCCUUGUUCCACAUCAGCUGCGGACCAGCAUUCCGUUCAAGUGGAGAACCAAGAAGAAGAUGAUUACAUGGAACUUCUAGCUUGAGAACGAGAAGAGUGGAUUAUAAACGACCUGAUUGCAUUUAGGCACUGAUGACAGUGAUUAAUGGAGCCGUAACGGGGCAAGAAAAUGGAUUCCUUUUUCAUUCUUACGAUAUAUUUGAACAGGGGCGUAACCAGGGUUUUCCAAAGGGUGGGGGAGGCACACUAUGUCAAACAGAGUGUACUCACCAAAUUGUGUUACAAUGGAGGGCCGAGGGGUCAUGGGCACCCCAGGAACCGCCACGCUCACUAGCUACGCCCUUGUUGAAUGGCCCGAUGAUAACGCGACAUGAACAUUACUUAGCUUUUGCUUUUCCCGUUUACUUUGAAAGAGAUUGACCCCGGAAUAGGUUGAUUCUCGACACACGACUAAUUUCUAAAGAGAUUUUCGAAGUUUAUGAAAAUAUUCUUGGGGGUUAUUAGUUUUAUGGACGAGUCCUAUAAAAAUGAAACAAUCAACCUCUUGCAUAGAUCCUCUUUUAGAUGAGAAAAAUUUACAGGCUGUUAUCGCCUCUGGAUAUAAAUAUUAAAACCCCUUUUCAGCAACUUUCUGAUUUUUUACCUGUGUUUUCCCCUUUUUCCGUUGUUAUGCUGCGAACUGUUUUCAUUGGUAAGGUUGGAGCUUCAGCUUGACGUGUUUGUCGUUUUUUAAAAAGCCCAGCUUUCAGUGGAGGCUAGGUCCCUUCAAAGAGUUUCCUAAUGAUAACUGUUCUGGUUAGAUUCGGAUUUUCAGUCCAUACUCUCCCAAACAACCCUUACCCUCACUGUCCUUUAUAUUGACAUUGUCAUGGUCACCCAAGACAAGCAAUGCUUUCAAUAAGAUUUGAAAUAGGUGGCUACCUCGGUACAACACCCGC